UGCACAGUGGACAUUACACCUGUUGCUCUUCCCAGGCUCUCUCUCUCUCCCUCCCUCCCUCUCUCUCUGCAUUUCUCUCUCCCUCUUCCUGUCCCUCUCUCUCUUCCCUUUCUUUUCAACUCAACUGGUCUGGAAGCACCAAAGGGAACUGACGGCCUCACCAUGGAUCCCAACGAGGCCGGUGGAAGUGAGAAGGAGAAGGAAAAAGAGAAGGAUAAAGUGAUAAAGAGGAGGAACCGGCCUAUGUUUCUGCGUUACCUGGAGAGGAGAAAGACGGACACUAUUGUAGCUGAUGACACGGCCAAAGGUGACAUCAACCUGGGGACGUUGGUGAGGAGGAGCCAGUCUGACAAGACGGAGUACAGCGCUAAACUUAAAGAGAAAAUGACACCACAUGACCUGUCCACGCCCCCCUCGCCAGCACUGGACCCGGAGGAGGUCCGUUUGAGGAAGAUGAACCGCAGGGCAAAGGUCAUUCAUGAACUUGUGCAGACUGAAAAGGACUACCUCACUGACCUGGAGCUGUGCAUCAGAGAGGUGGUCCAGCCUCUCCGAAAUGUGCAGGUUGUGGAUGUAGACAGGCUGUUCACCAACAUGGAGACAGUGUGUGAGGUAUCUGCAGCACUCCUUCACAGACUGAAUGAGGCGAUGGCUGACCCUGAUCCAGAGGCAGUUGUCAUAGGAGAAGUAUUCAUCCAGGCGAAGGCAGCUUUAGAAGAUGUAUAUAAGAUUUACUGUUACCAUCAUGACGAUGCCAACAUGUCACUGAAAACCUAUGAGAAAGAGGAAGAGAUAAAGCAACAUUUCACCACGUGUGUAUUAGCUCUGAAAAAAAUCUAUGACCAAGAAGGGAAACCCAACUUGCUGGACAUGGGUUCACUGAUUAUCAAACCAGUUCAGAGGAUCAUGAAGUACCCACUACUGCUUCGGGAGCUGUGGCAGGCCACACCUGAAGACCACCCCGACUGUCGGCCACUGCAGGAGGCAUUCACUGCCGCCAAGAUCAUCAACGUUAACAUCAAUGAGUUCAAAAGACGCAAGGAUAUAGUUAUGAAGUAUAAGAGGUUGGAAGAUGAAGGCACGCUGAGAGGAAAACUACACAAGUUCAACAUCCACUCUAUCCGCAAGAAAGGCGACAGGUUUGCUGGCUUUCUCAAGAUCCUCACUGGAGUUGAACCACAGGUGAGAGACGAAGUGUUUGACAGAGAGGAGAAGCUGUUCAGGAGUCUGGAGAAGGCUGUGAGGCAGCUGGUCAAGAAUGUUCAAUGUUACCUGCAGUAUGUUCAAGAGAUGGUGUCUGUCGCUGUCCAGAACGUCCAGGACAUGCAGAACAUCGUCAAGGAGCCAAACAAAAAUGGCAUAAAUGGCACAUUGCACAGUAAUGGUCAUGACCCCUAUAAGCACUUUAAAGACAGUAUGGAGCGCUUGGUCCUCGCCCCCCUUUCCUCCCUGCAAGGCAUGUUCACAGCCCCACAGAAGCUCAUCCAGAAGCGCUAUGACAAAUUGCUGGAUUACUGCAGCCGCCUGGAGCGCUCUUCUUCUUUUUCAUCCUCGUCCUCCUCGUCAUCCACCACUGCUUCAUCUGCUUCGCUGGUGUCAGAAGACCCGCCUGGUCCUGCCAGGAGGGACUACGAAGCUCUUAAUGCUUUGCUAGUGGAGGAGUUGCAGAGGUUCAACGUGGCCGCCUAUACUAUCCUGACCAACUGUGUGGUGUACCUGGUGGCCCUGCUCAGAGGGUUGAUGGAUAAAAUGCUACUUUUGUCCCCAUCCAUACAGCAGCUACCAGCUCCGUUGUCAAACAUGGCUGAGGUGCAGAACAGCAUCAUGGAUAUGCUGAACAAUCUGACUUUUGUCAAAGAUAAUGCCCAGAGGUUAAUGGAGCGAAAAGUCAGCUUCGAGAGGCAACGAGACAAGAAAAUAGCGAUGCCCGAGGUGCAGCAUCAAACCGAGGAACAGCGCGCCCGGCUGCUGGCAGAACACCCACUUAACCGUCUGUACCAGCUGAAGAGAAAGUGCAAUGGCUGCCAGGAGCAGGACCUCAGCCUGCUGGAGGGAGAGCUGGUGGCCCUGCUGGAGGACACAGACCCAUUAGGCAGCAGCAGCCGCUGGCUGGUUCACACUGGAGGUACAACGGGCUAUGUUUACUCCACAUUCCUGAAGCAGUACAACCCUCUGAGGGACUCGCAGCGGGCAGCCCAGAUGGUCAAAGAGCAGCAACACCAGCAGCCGCCUGUCAUGGUGGAUGAGGACUUUGACGACCUCAGUCUGUUUGUGUCAGGCAGUGGCAGCAGCAGCCUGCGCAGCUUCAACCUCAACACCACCGACAGUAGCUCAAGCCUCUCUGGACUACAGGUGGAGACAGAGAGCCCUGAAGAGGUGGAGAUGUCAGUGGAUGCUGAGAACGAGCAGUUUUAUGCCGUGUACGCAUUUCAAGCCCGCUGUGACCAGGAGCUGACCUUAGAGGAGUACCAGCACGUCCGCAUCCUCCAGUUCUCUGACCUGGGAGGCAAUAAGGACUGGUGGUUAGCCGAGUCGAACGGACAGAAGGGUUACGUCCCUGCCAACUAUCUCGGCAGGAUGUCUUACGCGUAAAUAUUUAUUAAGAAACCGAACCAUGAAGAACACGAC